GCCAACCGCCGUUAAACCCCAUCGAAGAAGAAGUACCACAAUGCAUUGCUUUACCAGCUACUUCCUAAAUACAGAUGGCCACCGUGUUUACACCCAAAUUUGUUGUGAUAAAAUAAGAUCCAUCUGUCAAGGUACCUAGAUGACAUUUUGUCGACAUAGCUAAUAAUUUUAGCUUGAUUUCCUUAUGCAGUUUGUAAGUUGCGUAAGGUUGUCCGCUCGCAAAUCUCGUUUUACACGCAGCAGCACUAACUUGAGCUAGACAGUUAACUAACGUUGGCUAGCAUUAGCAAGCUACUGCACUGUAGCUAGCCAGGAAUUUGUGCCUUGAUUGGCGCAUUAUAUUUCACUUUAGUAUUUGGUGGCAGUAAGUCAGCUAGCUAGUAUCGAUUACGGACAGGUAAUGUUAGCUUGCCUGCCUCAAACCACAGGCAAGUAGCUAGUCAUAACAACAGCUAGCUAACUUGACUUGCUAACGUGGCUAGCCACACAGCUGAAUCUUUCCACAAUGUGAGUUGUCUAUUGCCUUGCGCAUCAUCAGCAAGUGUUUAUUUUUUUAAUAUUUUUUUUACAAUUCGAAGAUGUACACCUUAUUAUCUGGUCUGUACAAAUACGUGUUCCAGAAGGACGAAUACUGCAUCUUGAUCCUAGGACUUGACAAUGCAGGAAAAACGACCUUUUUGGAACAGACCAAGACCAAGUUCAGUAAGAACUACAAGGGAAUGAAUUUGUCCAAGAUCACCACUACAGUUGGACUUAACAUCGGCACAAUCGAUGUGGGAAAAGCUCGUCUAAUGUUCUGGGACCUUGGUGGUCAAGAGGAGCUUCAGUCGCUAUGGGACAAAUACUACGCCGAGUCCCACGGUGUGAUCUAUGUUAUAGACUCCACCGAUGAGGAGCGACUAACAGAAUCAAAAGAGGCAUUUGAGAAAAUGAUCAGCAGUGAGGUUUUGGAAGGUGUGCCUCUCCUGGUGCUCGCCAACAAGCAGGAUGUGGAAAACUGUAUGUCUGUGCCGGACAUCAAAACCGCUUUUAGCGACUGCGCUCCAAAGAUCGGUAAACGAGAUUGCCUGGUGCAGCCUUGCACAGCCCUAACAGGGCAGGGGGUUAACGAAGGCAUCGAGUGGAUGGUGAAGUGUGUCAUCAGAAACAUUCACCGGCCACCGAGACUGAAGGACAUCACAUAGAGCAAGCCAUGACUUCCCCACUAGGGCUCCCGAAACCGGGUCCUAUUCAUUAGGCACCAAAUGGUAGAAAACGUACUGAAACAAGAAGGGACUACUUACACUGCCAGUCCAAUAAGAACCAUUUUCAGUUGAAAUAUGCUUUAAAACAUUUUCCUACGUUCUGCCCUGUUGAAUACGACCCAGGCGCCCGUUUUGCUACAGUGUGACUUUCAGAAACCGAGAUGGAUUCUAUCCAUGCCCUGCCAAUGAACUUCUCUCUCAUCCUAUUUGAGUGGGUGCUUUUGAACUCAAGUCUAUUUUUCAGAUACAGCUUAGCAUCAGGGGGAAACAAUUGGGAAACUAUUGAUUAUUGUAUAUUAUUUGGAUAUGUACUCUGAUUUGGGUGAAAUGCUUUUUGAGGGGUUCUGAUCUAAGUAUAACAGUGUCAAGUCGAUAAAGUUUUUAUCUAGCUCAAGUACCUCCGUUUCCCUUCGGUAGUAUAAUCCGUAAUCAUAAAGCGUCUCAGAGUCGGGUGCUGAUCUAGUAUCAACUUUUCCUUUUAGAUCAUAAUGAAUCAAAUUGAUAUGGAUUGUUUUACUCUGAAUACGGGGCCCUGUGUUUUCAUCCCAAUGCUUGAGUUUUUUUUUAAGUCAGAGGAUGAACCUUGACACAACCUUGAGUUGUUAUUUAUAUUAUGCAAAGAUGCUACAUGUAAUGGAAUUGUACAGAGGGUCAACUAUAUAUAAAUGACUUCCCUUUCAAUGACAAGACCUGUUUAAAUACUAGUUUUAUAGUUUGAAGUUGCGUGUGUGUGGUGUAUAGUCGAGUCCCAAAUGGAACAGGAAUAGGUGUGUCCCCAAUGGCAUCCUAUCUCUUUUUACUCUGUCUAACCUGGUGAUAUAUGCAAGUAUCUCCAAUGAUCAGGCUGAAAGCCUAUUUGAAUGACAUUACGAAGAUGUAAUAAACAGUUGACACUUU